AAAACUAUUAAUUAUUUAUUUCACCUAUUUCGUGUAAAAUGAAAAUUAAUCUAGAAUCUCGAAUUCGAUUGAUGCGCUAUUAAAGUAACAAGGUUCGACAAAUAGCAUCGAUUGUGUGCACGAUCCGCAGCAACUUUAAUUUGUUCACUCGCGAGUUUUGUUUGCAUACUUUUAGCGUAUGCCGCGUAGAAAUUUCGUUUCGUCGAAUUCGGGUAGGUAGGUGGGUGAAUAUAGAUCGUCCUGUGCCAGAAACACGUGAUUUGUAUCUUCUGCGAACGGAUUCGUUGUUAAAAGUUUCGAGACUAAUUUUGAGUCGUAAUUGUCGGAAAGGCUGACACAUUGCAGAUGACGGUGUGUGAUAAAAUUGCGGUUAAUGUACCAACAAGGCAGCAAGAGCGAAAGUGAGUACAUUUAUAUAAAAUUUGGGAAAUUUAUUAUAUAUAUGUGUUCAAAUAUUCUCAAUAUCAUGAAUGUUAUUUCAAAUUAAUUUCAUUAUUUUUGUAAUAUCAUUAUUAAUGCUUUCUUCAGUUAUUGACAACAAAAGAAUUUUAUUUUUUGUAUAAAGAUAUUCUAACUAUUAGUUAACAAUAGCUUGAAUAAUAAUUAUACAGCCUAUUUUAUUUUAUUAAUUUCAAUGUCAACGGAAUACAGAAUUUACUGCCCAUCCCUCAAUUUUGUCCCUUUGGUGCAAUAAACCAAAUCAAAUAAAAAGAAAAAAAUUCUGUAUUUUAAAUAUUCUGCAUUUUGUUCACAAAAUGUUUCAUAUUUGAUAAAUGAAAUGCUAAAGUUAGAAAUGCUAAAGUGCGCAUGAACGACAGAACACAAUAUGUCACGCGAUAUGUACAAAAAUAUUCAAAGCAGAUUCUAGAUCGUUUCUUUAAACCAGGAACUAGCAUCUUUGAACGAAGCGAUCACCGCCACCCUGUCACCUACCACGAAGCCCGCAGUUGACCAAGGCAAGGUCAAUGCACCGUUUUCCGUGUCAUCAUCCAAGAUGGCGAUUCCGAACAGCCGAAACUUCGCCAACUGCUACAUGGAACUGUGCAAACAACAACGUCUUCGUCCCUUGCCAGUUAUCUGCGUGACACUGCCCCAUAGUUUAGAUUUCACCACCGAUCGCGUCAAAAUGGACGACUGGGGUCCUAUUUUAAAUUCUCUGUCGCUUGAUCGUAGUCUACGAUCAAUUAGUGUUCGCAGCAGGUAUCAGUGUCGGAAACCAUUGGAAGAAAUUAACUCGGAAGACAAGGCUAGAACGAUGGGCAAGGCACCUGUCGUAUUGUCUCGAUAUCUCUUAGAAUGGUUGUCGCAUAGCGUGGCUCAGUGCGUCAGAAACUCGCCGGUUCUAACUAAUCUGGAGCUGGAAGGAAUCCCUUUUCCGCCAGACUGCUUGGCGGUGCUUUGCGUGGGUCUGUCACACACGCACACGCUCCAUUAUCUCUCUCUUCAGCGUUGUUACAUCGGUGACAGCUCUUGCGAAGUUUUAUGUCGCACGGUGGCCGACGUCCCAAGCGUCAGGUCACUGAAUCUCAGCUACUGUGACUUAACGUGCAAAUGUGGGCCAGCUCUGGCAGCAGCGUUGUGUAGACAAAAGUUGUUGCUCUAUCACGAUACUUGGAAGCAAUCACUCAGGUACCAAGAGCCGAAUCUCGAGGCAAUGUCUGGGUUACGUCGUUUGACCCUGAACGAUAAUCCUCAAUUGGGCGACGCGGCGGUGAUCGAACUGAUCGAAGCAGUGAGAGACAGUCUUUGGCUGAAGGCGUUGGACCUGCAGCGCUGUGGAUUGACCGAUAAGAUCGGUAAAGAUCUUCUGGAACUACUGGAUCAUAAUAACACUCUGAGUAUUCUGGACGUUAGACAAAAUGCGAACUUGAACGAGGCACUGAUAAAGGAGGUGGUCAAGAGGCUAGAGGAGAAUAACGUUGAUACGAAGUCUGAAUACCGAUGGCUGGGUUUACCACAACACGAUCGAAGAGUGGUAUCAGCAGGCACUGGAAAGAGGAACGAGAAUGUGAAUCACGGAAAACCUCCGAUCAGACCACGUAGCGCUAUAACAGAGUAUAAGAGGACUUAUCAGUCUGCACGGAGAAAGACAGUUAAUCUGGUGAAUGACGCGAAGAAAACGAAAAUGAGACCUCACGUUCCACCGUAUAAGAACAGACAGCCACACCAUCAAGAGCAACAGCAGAUCGUUCAAAAUGGUCAGACCAAGUCGAAGAUAUCUCUCCAUUUGGAUCUCCAGUCUCACAUACAACCUGUGAUGGGCGAUGCUUGUCAAAACAAUGUUCAAUCGUACACGGAUAGUGUUCAGGCUGAUACCGACAGAUCCUCUUCGAAGAAUUUGGAACUAAUAAAGGUCGAUGUUGCGACGCAGAUGACGGAUGAUCUAGAGACGGAGGAUUCCGUUAGAAUUCAGAAGAUCCAGAUUCAAUUAGCUGAAGCAAAGGCUGAACACGAUCGUCUUCUCGAAGAUACGAGACGAAGCGGGUUAUUGCUGGCUGAAGAACGAGGACGACGCGAGGCUGCCGAGGAGCAGUUGAACGAGAUGAAGAACAAUCUGGCUGAGCUGGAGAACGCUUUGAAAGAGAAGGAACAGGAAACGAGCGGAUUUCUGUUGCUUAGCCAGCAGUCUUUUGAUGAGAUUUGCAGCUCCUUCGAUAGAUUGCUGAACAUGCUGGACAGCGUGACGAAAACUCCGAGCGCUAAUAGGAGGGACACGACGGAAGCCGCCAUUGUCAAGGCAGAUAUAAAGAGACGGGUCGCUUCUGUCAUCAGGGAAACGAAAUCGGAGAAUCUGAGGCGAGGAUUCAUCGUGGACAUCGACGAGGACGACUCGGUCAGGUACACGGAGCCGAUCAAGAAAUUUGCCAAGUCGGAAAGUGACAUGAGAUCUGCGUUACCACCGAUAUCGACGUAUCAUUUGGAAAGGAAUAUAGGAGAUAGUCCAGAUAUAGGUUCGCCAACCUUACAAAGGGUUCCACGUAACGAAAAGCAUGUGAUGUCUCCCAGAGCGAGGGCUAGGGCGUUAUUCGCCCAAAUUAUUCAAGGGGACACUGUGCUUGAUUUUUACAAUCAUAUGGAUUAGCAUUUAUAUAGAUUCGAAAAUUGGGAGUAAGAUUUAAAAACGAGAUUGUGUACAGUGUAUAGGCGCAUAGCUUUUAUAGAAAUAAUAUAGGUAGAUAUACACGUAAUGAAGAAAACGCACAAGUACACACGCGUCGAACAUCGAUUCAUAAUCUGAAUUUGCAUAAUUAACUAUCGGUCUAGUAACUACCGUGGAAAAAUGGAACUAAGAAACGAAAGAAGAUACAAGAAAAGAAAGAUAAAAUAUU